AUGGGGAAGAAGUCCAGACGCCAGGGACCUGUCAAACUAGCAGGAUCCCAGGAUAUUAGAGAUCUCCUGCUCCGGCCGUCCAGGGCCAAUGGCACCUUCGCGCCAAAAGAAAAUGGCGACUCACUCUCAGCCUCCUCCGAAGAACGGAUUAUGGACAACGAGCUGCCGUCUACUAAGGGCGACAUCAAAACACUUCUCCGCAAUAUCCGACAGCUAUUUGCGGCAGACAUUGCGAUUGUGUGCGAAGAAAUACAUACAGUGGAGGGAC